AUGUCCACCGCCCCCGUUCGCUCUUCUAUCGCGAAUCUCGCAACCAACGAUCCCGCAACCGAGGAAGUAAGAGAGAGACCAACAACUACCGAUGAAGAGUGUAUCUCCUUCUUCGAAGAUUAUCUUGAAACGGAGAGGAAAUCUUUGAAGACCUUCUACAAAGAUGAAGACAUUCCAAAACUCGGCGCGAAGGCGAAGACCAUGUUUGGAGCUUUGAUAGAGUUGGGGUGCAAGAAGGAAACAGCGCAACAGUUGACCUUACUAACUCUCUAUGACAUUGUCAUGUUGAUUGAUGACAGUAGAUCUAUGAAGACGGAGCAAAAAGGGGAACGCAUCGAAACUCUUCACAGAACGAUUGAUGAGAUCACCCGAAUCUACGAUUACGCGAACGAGAAAGGGAUAAAAUCAGUAAAAUUCCUGAACGAGAAGAAGGGAAUCGCAAAUGUCAAAAAUAAGAACUGGAAAAGAAAUUUUAAGAACAAAGUAUACAACGGUGUGACCAAGAUCGGUACUUCAUUGAGUCAAAAGGUUUUGGACAAGUUCGUGUGGGGGGAAACAAUGACAAAGCCACUUCUGGUGAUGAUCAUCACCGAUGGAGAUGUAGAAGGUGAGCGGGAGGGGCUGUUGGCAGAUGUGAUCGCGAGUUGCGUUGAGAGGUUGGCGAAAGAUGAGCAACGGGGAAAGCAAGCUGUUUCAUUUCACUUUUCCCGUGUUGGCAACGAUAAAGAGGCACAAAAGCUUCUAGAAAAGAUGGAUGAUAGUGAAGCAUUUGGAGACCACGUUGAUUGCCUGCCUGCAAAUGAUGCUCUAGAAAAGCUUCGGGACCCGACGGGUCAGCAUAAAUGGACUUUGCCCAAGCUUUUACUGGGGGCAAUUUCGAUCUAUUGGGAUCAGGAAGGGGAUGACGUUGUGGUUGAUGUCACCGCAAAUACCGAAGCCGCGCCUAAGGAAGAUGAUUCAGAUGAGGAUGCAGACGCUGGGUCAUCCGAUGAUGAUGAUGAUGAUGCAGACGACGAAUAG